UUCAACCUUAAUACCAACCAGCAUCCUAAAACCACCACAAUGCCUGGACUCAUUAACAAGGAGAACCGGGGCGCUCUGCCACUCAGUGUGUCUGACAUCAGUUCCUGUGUCAGGGGUUACACUUUGGCUCUGACAGCUUCUAUGACCUAUGAAAAUAUUGAGGAUCAUGCAAUUGAAGGGAUCUUCAUUUAUCCACUGGAGGAAAAUUCUAUUGUUGUAGGCUUCGAGGCUAUGAUAUCUAGUCAGAUUAUAACACUUCAGAUCAAAGACAAGGCAAAAAUCGACGACUGUUAUCUGGAUUGCUGCAGCACUUCUAAUGGAGCUCUCCAGAGUGGAAGCGGACACAUAGUGAUGGAUGAGGAUUUUGAGAGGACCGUGUUAGUAGUUAACCUUGGGAUCAUCCCUCCCAUGGAGACGGUCCACAUUUUGGUCAGUACCUCCUCUGAGCUUUCCACUCUGCCAAGUGGGGGCAUCAGAGUCUCAUCUCCACCUGUGUGUACACCCCGGGUGCAGAGGUCCAUCAACGAGGAGCAGGGACUGUCCCCAAACUUCUCCAGAACGCGGGACAGACAGACCUCUGCUUCAAGUCCUCAUGACCAAACUCCCAACACACCUCAGCUUUGGUUGGCUUUACUGCUGGAGGAGGAGGCCAUCAACUCCAUGGACUAUGAGUUUAACUUCCAACUUGAGAUACGAGCUCCCUACCUCCUCGCAGGUGUGGAGAGCCCUUCUCACGCCAUCCGAGCUGAUGCAGAUCCUCUGGCCCGCUCUGCUACCAGCAUUGUAAUCACUCUGGCAGACAAGUACACUUAUGACUACCCGGUCGUAAUCCUCAUCUACCCAAGCGAGCCUCAUGUGCCACAUGUGCUCAUUGAGAACGGGGACAUGACACAGGAGGAGUAUGAUGAGUAUCUUCACAGCCGGAGCGAUUUCAUCAAGGCCACCAAGAAGGACUCCAGCAAUGAGAGGAAAGUAGAUAUAAUUCACAAGAGACUCCAUAAGGAUAUCCUCCACAACCCUGUGGUUAUGCUGAACUUCUGCCCUGACCUCAAGUCCAUUUGCUCUGACUUGAGGAAGGUUCACGGCGAAUUCAUCUUCCUCAUCGACCGCAGCGGCAGCAUGAGCGGGGUUAACAUCAACCGUGUGAAGGAUGCCAUGGUGGUUAUUCUGAAGAGCCUGGUGCCUGGCUGCGUUUUCAAUGUCGUAGGAUUUGGAUCUACAUUUAAAUCACUAUUCACGACAAGCCAAAGCUACGAGGAGGAUGCCCUGGCCAUUGCUUGUGAGUAUGUUAGAAAGAUAAGAGCUGACAUGGGGGGGACGAACAUCCUGGCACCGCUCACAUGGAUCCUGAGGCAGCCUUUGAUCAGUGGACACCCCCGCCUGCUCUUCCUGCUCACAGACGGUGCUGUCAGUAACACGGGCAAAAUUAUCGAUCUGGUCCGCAGCCAUGCACGCUACAUCAGAUGUUUUACAUUCGGCAUAGGACAGAAUGCUUGCAGGAGGCUGGUGCAGGGGCUGGCGACAGUUUCCAAAGGAACAGCAGAGUUUCUCGCUGACGGAGAAAGGCUUCAGCCCAAGAUGAUAAAGUCCCUGAAGAAAACCAUGUCUCCUGUACUCAGCGACAUUUCCAUCGAAUGGCUCUUUCCUGAAACCAAAGAAGUGCUGCUCUCUCCUGUGGGCAACACCUUUCUGUUUCCAGGGGACAGUCUGAUUGGCUACAGCGUGGUUUGUGAUACCACCCGCUAUCACGACAACCCCAAAUCUGAUAAGAGGAGGCGAUACAGCAUGAUGCGCUCUGUUGAGUCAGCCAGCUCAGUGUUUUACCACUCUCAAGAAGAGGACCCAGUGAAGACAGCUGGUGACAAUCUGGGUUCACACAGGGAAGGCCAUUCUGGAACUCUGUAUGAUUCCUACCAGGACUCCAUGAUAGACAGCAGCCCUGUCGGCACAGACCAUGACCCCAUGGGUUUAGAUAAGACAUCACCGAGAAGGCGUGCCUAUAGUACCAACCAGAUAUCAGACUACAACCCAGCGAAGAAGGUCUACACUCCCAGUGACCCCAGCUCUGUGGCGGUGAAGAAUCCACUGAGGAGAGCCAAAGUCCAGGAGCUGAUAGGCCAGAUGAGCCCUGAAUAUGAUGCACAGUGGAGGAAUGACUACCAGCCGCAGCUGGCAAGUCUGGGUACCACAUCUACCAGGGGGCGUUCUGCCAGCUGUCACAAGCCGCUCCUUCAACAGGAGCUCUUUCUGCAGCAGGAAGCUGACUCUGAGCAUCAUUUUCAUCCCCAGCCACAGGACGAUCCUCCGCCCAGUGGCGGCAACGUGACGCCUGUGUCUCGCAAUGCUGCCAGGGAAGAUGGAUCCAGAUCUUCCACAGACAGCCCAUCUCUUGGGAGCAUUGGAGACACAGAUGGUUAUGGACACCAGUUGUGCCGAGCAGAAACCCCACAGGAUACCCACGCUGCACAUCUGGAUGCUGCCAACCAGCACAAAGGUGACUGCAAGGCUGUGGUGUCUGGACUGCUGUGCGGAAAACCAAUGAAGUGGGAGGUUGUGUUUGAUAUCGAGCCCUUUCUGAAUGGCCGUGAACGUGAGGAAAAGGUGCACGAGGAGCUGUGGAACGAGACCUUCCACCACCUGGCCGGCCGCUCCAUCAUCAACGACUUUGAGCACAUGGCCGAUAAGGAGUGUGAGAUUGAACACGGGUCUGGCAGGAAGUACCAGUUAUACGGUAUUCACACCAGCAAAGCCUGCAAUAUAUUGAGCAAAUACACAGCGUUUGUUCCCAUUGACCUGGACACAAAUGAGUAUUUGCAGACAUGUAUUGAAUACUUAAACCCUGGUGAUGGUCUGAAGAGGAACUCGCACUCCAGCUCUCGCUCGGGGAGCAGGAAGAACAGAGGUUACUCCAUCGGGCUUGGCCGCUCUCAGUCUGGCGGCAUGUCGGAGGAAGUCGAAGAUGUCCUGCUGCACAACAGUGGAGAAGACGGCGUCUCUCCGUGCAGCACCCCCUCCUCCGCCGGCUGGGAGAAGUGUAGCUUUGCAGAGGUCUCCCAGAGGAGUCCCUCUGUGACCUCCGACCAAUCACAGAAAUCGGUGGAAAGCCUUUUUUCUGCCAGGCUGGCCCUCAGCAGGACUCGUCUGCUAACUCGAGCUGCCAAAGGAUUCAUGUGUCGAUCUCACAGCAAGUCUGGUGAUUCAAUUGGAGAGAGCGACAACGAGAACAAAGACUACAUUCCUCUGGUGUUGUUGCAGUUGGCUUGUGGUGCAUUUCCCCUGGACGCAGCUCUGUGCGAUGCCAUUAAUGUGCCCAUGGACAAGCUAAAGUGGACGUCCCCCUUCACCAGUCACCGCACCAGCCUGGGCCACUUGUCUCACUCCAGCAGCCGCCGCGCUGAGAGCGCUGAUGACGGAUGCAGAUCACCGUUUGAGCAAGAAACAUAUCAGCAGCCUGCAGAUCACACCGCAGGCAUUCACAGCCCGUCUCAUCUGUCCAGGAGCACCUGGACGGAUGCUGGUCCCUCCUCGUUAGCCAGCCCAUCUGCCGCUGCCAAUCCCCCGCUCUCCACACUCUCCCGGGUGGAUAGUGCACAGAGCUCUGGGUCAGGGGGCUUGGAAACACCAUCGCCUGUAGAAAGCAUGGUGUGGGCUACAGCAGUGGCCCUUGCCUGGCUGGAGCACAGCUCUGCCAACUAUUUUAUAGAAUGGGAACUGGUAGCCGCCAAGGCCAGCAUGUGGCUGAGUGAGCAGGACAUCCCAGAGGGCCGAGAUUUAGCAUCAGUGAAGGCUGCUGCCAAUCAGCUCUUCAUCAUCCUCAGACACUGGGAUGAAAACCUGCAACUGAACAUGCUCUGUUACAACCCUAACAGCGUCUGAGGCCUGUCAGUCCAAGACUGAAAGUACUCAAACCCUAACGAUACUAUGCUAACUGAGGCCAUGCUAUUCUCUGAUCAGCAGUUUGUCCUCUGGAGUCUGAUUUUGCGUUGCAGUUGUGAACAAUGUGUGUUUUCUUCUGUUUGUGUGCUGUUCCUCCAAACAUAUCACAGGCUCUUCAGAGGAACUACAGCAUGCGCAAGCUGUUACCUCGCUGGUGCCAUAUGCUGUAUCUGGAUCACUAUUAGCAAUGGAGCUAUCCGAGUUAUGCCACUGAUUUGAGUUUGAAAGAGAAGAAUGCCAGUGUUAAAUUUGUAGCAUGCCAUCAACCAUCAUCAUCUGAGAAAAGCUAUUACUGUCAUCACAUUGAUGUAACAAGGAGAAUGCUGCAAAACUAUGGUAAGAUCAACUGUUCCACUAAUUAGUACACACCAUUUUUGCAACAGUACAACAUUUUCUGAAUUGUUUGGAUUGUGCUGAGGGGAAACAAAUGUUGAAAAUAAUAAUCUGGUUACUUGCCCUCAGUACUGGCACUCUUUUCUAAUGCUCAAUGCCAUUACAGUGUUAGUACUAUUUGCCAUUUUUGCAGUUUAAUUG